AUGUUUUCCGGGUUUGGGUCUAACUUUUUUGGUGGUGCCUCUUUUGCCCCCAUCAACUCCAAAUUCGAGGAUUACUUCAGGUGCUAUCCGGUGGCAAUGAUGCCUGACAAUGUCAGGAAAGAUGAUUCAAACUUUGGUGGCAAGAUCUUCCUCCCCUCAUCAGCGUUGAACAAACUCACAAUGUUGCACAUUCGAUACCCAAUGUUAUUCGAGUUGACAAACGAGGCCGAAAACUUGACCUCUCAUAGUGGUGUAUUGGAGUUUGUUGCUGAGGAAGGAAGAGCGUAUCUCCCACAAUGGACCAUGGAAACCUUGAAAUUACAACCUGGGUCCUUGAUAAAAAUCGCAAGCUGCGAUUUACCCAACGGCCAAUUCGUGAAACUAGAGCCACAAUCGGUUGAGUUUCUAGACAUUUCGGACCCCAAGGCCGUCCUUGAAAAUGCAUUGAGAAAGUUUUCCACGUUGACAGUCAAUGAUGUUAUUGAAAUUGACUACAAUGAUACAAGGUUUGGCAUAAAGGUGUUGGAGGUCAAGCCAGAGAGCACAAAUAAGGGAAUAUGUGUUGUGGAAACAGAUUUAGAAACAGAUUUUGCCCCACCUGUAGGGUACGUUGAACCAGAGUACAAGCCCAAAGGAGCAAAGUCUUCGGCAUCUCCAAUAGAUCCUAAAAAAGUGAAUAGGAGUGCUGGAGCGGCAACGAUGGCGCAUUCCAUUGGGUAUGCAAACAUCGUACAUGAAGGUAAUAAUCAAAAAGUAUACAAGGGCACGGGUCAAAAGCUUUCGGGUAAAGAAGUUGGUUCGCACGACACAAAAAGAAUAACCAUCGACGACUUGGACCCUAAUGCGACGCCUGUUGAGUUGAACUUGCCAGAAAAUCAAAUCUUCUUGGGAUGGCCCGUUGUUUUGCCCGUUCUUGAGAAAAAAGAAGAAUCGGCACCUUCGGUAUCUUAUCAAGGCGAAGGAAAAUCCCUAAGGCAAAGCAAGAAGAGAACCACAGUCACAAGUAACAGUGGACACGAUCUGUUGAAGAACCAUUCGCGGAGUCCCGAUUACAUUGAAAUAGAUGACUGA